AUAAAAAGGAUCCGAAGAGAUGGGACUCCGUGAAGGAGAUUUCACAGAACUAUGACGUCAAUGUGCAGGCACACAUGGAUGAGCAAUUACGCAUACAUACAGGCACACACACACACACACACACACACACACACACACAAGCAUAGUCAUAUAUUGAGGACGUGGGAGUGUCAGUGACAGACUCAUCUUUAUUAAGUAUGGCUCGUCAGUACUCAAAGCCCUCCCUCAUUCCCACCUCCCCCAGUUCUCUCUUUUCCUCUCUCUGGUCUCGCUCUCUGUUACCAUCUGCUUGGCUGAGCUCACAUCUUACAGCAGACGGUGCAUUGCACACACAUACAGGCACACGUGGUCCUCCAUCGUCCCCUCUGUCCUUGCGUCUCUCUUCUCUCCUCUAACAUUAAUCAUUUUUUCUCUUGCUACUCUUUCUCUUUCUCGUGCAUUAUGAAAGCGCAGGAUUAAAAAGGAGACAUUCUCCCUUCAUCUGUCUCAUUUUUUGGCUCAUUUUUGGUAGAUCAGGACUGAAGGAUGUUCGUUUCAGUGGCAGCAGUUCUUGGAGCGACCCUGGGAACUGUGUCUGGAGCGCUCACACUCUGUGGCCUGUCACUGCUCUGCAAGAACUGCAAGAAGAACAAAUUUGACAGGGAUGACAGCGCAGACUCUGAGAGAGCAAAAGCCAGCAUCUUACACACACUUACACAGUUCAGUGUGCAGAAAUCUACAGAGCCUAUUCAGCCCCAGACUCUGCUCAAGUUCCCCAAGAUCUACAAACCUAAACCAUCUGUCACAUCUCCUGAGGUAAUGAACUACAGUGAAAAUGCUGUGACCUCUGAGAAAGUUCUCGCUAAGCCUGACAGCUGUGAUCACGGAAUGGAGGAAGAUAAGGAGGUCACUGCUCUCACACGGCAAGAUUCCACAGAUGAGACACCUUGUGCUGUCAAUCAAUCCAAUGCAAUUCCAAGCAGCAGCUCUGUGCUGCAUCCUAAACUGCAUUUCUCUCUUCGCCUGCACACAGAGAGCAGAGAGCUACACAUCACCAUCAUAGAAGCUGAGCAAGUAAGCAUGGAGACUGGCAGUGAGGGCUAUGUGUCAGGGUGUGUGAGUGUGUUUGGAGAACAGAGGCUUGCCCAGACAGCAGUACGUAAGCUAGCAUCAAGAGUGCAAUGGGGCGAGGCUAUGGUGUUCUCCUUGCCCAGUAGCUGUAGUACAGAAAGCACAGAGAGCAUGGAGGGAGAGGUGGCACUGACCUUACACAUCUGCGACCGGUUCUCUCGGAAUACCACUCUGGGCACUGUGAGGUUCAAACUGGCGGAUGUGGGCAUGAUGUCAGAUGCCGACUGCUGGGUCAACCUGCAGCCACCCAAACAGAUCGAAUUGCAUUCAACGGGGGAGCUUUUGCUUUCGCUAAGCUACCUGCCGGCAGCAAACAGGCUGGGAGUGGUGGUGAUGAAGGCACGAGGACUGCAGUCUGAUAAACUUAAAGACACUAUAGACCUGUCAGUGAAGCUGACUCUGAAGCACCAGACCACAAAGCUAAAGAAGAAGCAGACGAGGCGUGUCAAGCACAAAAUCAACCCGGUGUGGAAUGAGAUGAUGAUGCUAGAGCUUCCCAGAGAGCUACUUACCAAGUCCUGCUUAGACAUGGAGGUGCUGAACCAGACAAGCCCUGGCACACUGCUCCCACUUGGGCGCUGCCAGCUAGGGCUCCAGUUCUCAGGCACUGGCCUCCAACACUGGCAACAGAUGCUUGAUAACCCACGUAAACAGAUCGCCAUGUGGCAUCCUCUGCAUGCUUAAAAUAAAAUGUUAAAAACUAGUGUAUACAAUGCAUAGUUAAAUGUUGUUUGUUCGUAUUUAUUAGUACUGCUUUAUUCCUGUGCAAUAAUAUAUCUUUUUAAUGUCUAAACUAUUAAUAUCUACUACUCCACAGGGUAAACUGUUACUGUUACUGAUUCUACAGGGACAAUGAUAAACAGAUGAAUUUACAGAUGAUAAUAAAGUGAUGUAUAUACUAUCAUAUACACAAAGUAUUUAGCCUUAGUGAUUGCAUUACAUUCUCUGUCCCCAGCAAAAUCAAAUCAUAUUUAAGACCAGGCCUGACUUUGAUUUCAUUCGCCUUCAUUAGAUUUAGAUCUGGAAUGCUGUGAUUUGGUUAGUCCAUCUGUCUAAGUGAAAGGAUUUUGCCCCAGGUGAGGAACCAACCAAAGUCAGUUUUCACCUGCUCUCAACAGGUUUUCUCAAAUGAUGAUUAUUAUUAUUGUUAGUGCAUAUUUACAUUUAUGGCAUUUGGCAGAGGCCCUUAUGAAGAGUGACUUACAUCUCAUUUAUACAUCUGAGCAGCUGAGGGUUAGGAGCCUUGCUCAGGGUCCCAGGAGUGGCAGCUUGGUGGCCCUGGGAUUCAAACUCACAAGCACCCAAUCAGUAGUCCAACACCUUAACCACUAAGCUACCACAUAUUAAAUUGCAUAAUAAUAAUCACCAUCAUUCCUUGUAUAUGUAGUAAUAACUGUAAAAGCAACUUUUUGCAUUUAUGAUAUACAAUAUUCUCUUUCCCCAUUUUGGAUAUAUAAAUAUAUUCAGGAUAACGAUGUGUAGAAUUCCUCUGUCUUGUACAACAGACAUUAUACUGUGAUGAAUUUAUGUCUUGGUACAAUUUCCACAUAUUUCAUAAACUGAUAAAGUUACUACCAUGAUAACAGUAAUUAAUAUUAAAUAUACUGAAUCUACUAAUAUGACUAAAUGUAUAACAAAGGUUUAGUAGAUGCUGGUUUUCCAGUACAGUAGCUCAAAAAUAAAUUAUUUUGAAAAAUGGUAAAAGGCUCUAAUUAGAAUUUUGAUGUUGGAAUAUUUUGCUAUGAAUGUAUGGAAAUAUUUAUU